AUGGUUCCCGUGCAGAAUUGCGAGGUCGGCAUGCUCAUUGGCUAUAACUGCCCACAAGCCUUGGCACCAAGAGAUACCAUAACUGGUCAAGACGACGAACCAUUUGCCAUCAAAACAGAUCUUGGGUGGACAAUUGUGGGCUACGAUGACUCCAGUUCCAACCUCAUCAACAACUUGAUUGGAGUACUACUUCGGUACAGAGAACAUCCAGAGGCCAUCAUGUGCGACAUCGAGAAAAUGUUCCACCAAUUCCAAGUCAACAAGGAUGACCGCGACUACUUGCGGUUUCUGUGGUGGGAAGGUGGAGAUCUGGGCAAUGAACCAAAGGAGUAUCGCAUGAAGGUACACCUCUUUGGUGCAGCUUCGUCACCUGGAUGUGCCAACUACGGCCUGAAACACCUAGCCAGUCAACAUGAGAAUGAAUUCCCCAGUGCAGCAGUCUUCAUCAAAAGAAACUUCUAUGUCGACGAUGGUCUUAAGAGUACGGAAACAGAAGAUGAAGCAAGGAAAUUGGUAGUAGAGGCUCGUGAGCUGUGUGCCAGAGGAGGGAUGCGACUACACAAAUUUGUGUCAAACAGCAGGGCAGUCAUUGAGGACAUCCCAAGCGAUGAACGGUCAGCCGGAGUUAAGGAUGUAAACCUGAAGAAAAAUGAUCUUCCUAUGGAGAGGGCCCUCGGCAUCAAAUGGUGUGUCGAGUCAGACAUGUUCCACUUCCACAUCGAGACCAAGGAUCAAACACCAACACGCCGAGGAAUCCUAUCAACGGUGGCCUCUAUCUAUGACCCUCUUGGUUUCCUUGCCCCUUUUGUGCUAAUUGGGAAAGGAGUUCUCCAGGAAAUGUGUCACAAUGGAGUAAGCUGGGAUGAUCCACUUCCUGAUGACUUGCGCCCACGGUGGGAGAAGUGGAAGAAUGAUCUGCUUAAUUUGAAGCAAAUCCAGAUACCCGGGUGCUACAAGCCAAAUGACUUCGGAAAGGUCAUUGCAGUGGAACUACAUCACUUCUCCGAUGCAAGUACAAGAGGAUAUGGCCAGUGCUCCUAUUUGAGAUUUAUUGGAGAAGAUAAGGCGCAUUGCACACUGGUGUCGGGGAAAGCCAGAGUUGCCCACAUCAAGGUAGUCACCAUUCCUCGUCUUGAGUUGACAGCCGCAGUUGUAUCGGUUCAGAUGAGCCACAUGUUAAAGAAGGAAUUAGAGUUGGUCAUCGACAGGGAAUACUUCUGGACAGACUCUCAAGUUGUCCUGGGAUAUAUCCUGCAAUGA